CAUACCUCUCAGAGGUGCUGAGUGUGUGCAACUGUGGCCGAUAAACGAGACGCUGCAAGAUGGCGAUUCCGCGACUCAUGGCUUGUUUUGUUCUGUCCAUCAGUUUCGGUCACGUCCCAUCAUCACACGGGGUAAUCCUCCGAACCACAGACAAGAUUGUGUGGGCGAAUGAGUUUGAGCCCAUCGAACUGACCUGUUUGAUAGAGUCCAUCUCCACAAACAACCCGAGGAUUGAAUGGAAGAAGAUAAAGAACGGCAUCCCCAGUUAUGUGUACUUUCAAAACAGGAUAGCAGGGGACUUGGAGCACAGAGCUCAGCUCAGAGAGCCGGCCAACAUCAUGAUCUUCAACGCCACUCGGUCUGACACGGCGGAGUACCGCUGCGAGGUGGCCGCCAUCGAUGACCAACGGGACUUUGAUGAGAUUCUUAUUAGUCUUGCAGUGAGAGUGAAACCUGUUGUACCACGGUGCAGCGUGCCAGAGUCGGUCACAGUCGGAACGUCAACCGAGCUGCGAUGUCUAGAGAACGAGGGCUUCCCUGCUUCGCAGUACCGCUGGUUCCACAACAGCGAGGAGCUUCCUCAGGACUCCAAAAACAGCCCAAAGUUGGUCAACUCUUCAUACAGCAUCAACCCUGACACGGGUGGCUUGAAAUUUCGAAGAGUGAAGAAGGAGGACGCAGGGGAGUACUACUGCCAGGCAAAGAACGAUGCCGGACAUGCACAGUGUCCUUCACAAAUGAUGGAAGUCUAUGACGUCGACACCCUCGGGAUUUUCCUCAAGUCGUUUGGUGGAGUGGCGCUUUUCUUCUGUUUGGCUGCUUCCAUUUGUCAUUCCUUUAAACGUGGAUGCUUCUACAAAAAAGGCCACAAUGAAAAUAACUACAACUGGCCAGCACAGAACGAGGGUGUUGAAUAUGCCGAUGCAGAUGAGGGACAUUUUCGCCACAAGUCCUCAUUCAUCAUUUGACAGCGGAGACGGAGGACAAGACAAAACCAAGGCUCAAGCAAAAAACUGUUACGGUUAAACUGCUACAAUGAUUCUCCAGAUGGUAACGUUUGAGGUGUAACACGGCACAUAUUAUCUGAUGCACAUCAAAAUCAAAUCAACAAACUUGCCAAAGUGUUUCAUUUUUUUUUUAUAGCGUGAUAGCUUUUGAAAAUGUCUUCUCUGUUAGAAUUGAUUUCCAUUUGAAACAUUUUUUACUCCAUAUUUAGUUUAUUUUAACUAAUUUGCAAUGUUUUUAUGAAACAAUAAAACUAUUUCAAAGCUGUGGAAAUUGAUAUUUUGCCCCCGGUGUCAUUAGAAAAGAUGCUGGAAGCUAUUUUGUUGGACAAAUCUUCUUUUUAUAAUUCUUAAACUUUUUACUGAGUACACUGACAUUGUUUGACAAAACAAAUUAACAUUAUAUUUGUUCAUAAGAUAAACAAAUUCUUAUUUUGGUUCACGUGGGGAUAUGUUGCAUUGUUAUUUUGUAUAUACUGUCGUUAUACAGGCAAUAAGCAGCAGACUGUAAAAGACUGAUGAGCUCAGAUGCAUAAGGCACCAGUUAUCAGCCUUUCUUAUAUUCACAGAUAAUAACGAGUCUAGACGAGUAACUUGUGAGUGUGAACAACAUAUAUCCCACUAUGCUGCAAAGUCAAUAUGUACUAUGAAGGUGGUAAGUAGGAUUAUUUGAGUGCUGUUUCUGUGUAUAAGUGACCUUCUAUUCUUUACUAAUUUUGUUGUGAGUAUUGGACAUGUUGUCCAGUUUUGACUCAGUAUUUGAUGUACAUAAAUACAUACAUCUUUGAUCUUUUCAUUUGCAUAUAUUGCACUACAUACCUUAUUGUAAAUACUGCAAUGAAACUUUUUUGUUAGAAAUAAAUUUACGGUAUUUCCUGGUCAGUGUGUAUCUGCAGUGUUGAGCCUGUCAUUUCAAACAUUAGUGUCAAUGAUUUGUGUAACAACUCAGGAACUGUUGUAAAAUGUCCACUCUUUAUUUGAUAUUAAUGCUAUAUGUUCAUGUUAUUUUGUUACUAUUAAAUACGUUUGAACUGUAAA